AUGGAUCUCGACGUCGACGAUGAGGGCAGUGUAGAUGGUUCGGAAAAUAUGGAAAUCAGGAGCGGCAGCCGCUCUUCACCGACCUUUUGUAGAUGUGGCGCAUACGACGAAAUCAUGGAGGCCACUAAGAUACUACGAAACAGAACUAUUGAUGCGGUCAAUAGUGAAUUUGAUCAGUUCGAAAAAGGAUGCUACUACUGCGUUCUUCGUUACCACGGGGAUUCCUCCUGCCCAUUGCAUGCAAAGAGAGACGCUCUCUGUCAUGAGGAUGAUGGUGCAAGUACCAGCAGUCAGAUGACGUUUGAAGAAUCGAGGAACAGUCCAGCCUGCAGCUUCCAGAGUCAGUCGCACAGCUCUCAACUCAGUUCUGAACGUUCUCCUUCCAUUGAUCUCAUUGGUUAUGACAUCGUAUGUCAAUGUUCAUUUGUUACUGUUGUCGAAACCAAGUAA